GCGUCGGGGGGGCGCCUGUGGCCGCGCUCCCUCCCUCCCUCCCUGCCCGGGCCGUCGCGCAGGCCUCGCCGCCCAGGCCCGAGUGCUCCGGCCCCUUGGGCGCGGCCCCCGCGAGGCGACGGGAGGCCCCUGCGCGGGGCAGAGGCGCGGGCCCCGCCGUCCUGCGGCGGUGAGUGUCUGUAUUUGAAGCGUUUUAGCCAUGACUAAGAGAGAUACAGAGGAGCUGAUAGAAAUAGAAAUUGAUGGAACCGAGAAACAGGAAUGCACAGAAGAAAGCAUUGUUGAGCAGACAUACACCACAGCAGAAUUUGUGAGCCAGGCUAUUGACAUCAAUGAACCAAUUGGAAAUCUUAAGAAGUUGUUGGAACCAAGACUACAGUGUUCCUUGGAUGCACAUGAAAUCUGCCUACAGGAUAUCCAGCUGGACCCAGAUCGCAGUCUCUUUGACCAAGGAGUGAAAACAGAUGGAACAGUGCAGCUUAGUGUACAAGUAAUAUCCAGGCAAGGAAUAGACCCUAAGUUAAACAUCCUUGAAAUUGUAAAGCCUGUUGAAACUGUGGAGGUAGUGAUUGAUCCAGAUGCCCAUCAUGCUGAGGCUGAAGCUCAUCUUGUUGAGGAGGCCCAAGUGAUAACCCUGGAUGGGACGAAGCACAUCACAACCAUUUCAGAUGAGACUUCUGAGCAAGUGACACGAUGGGCUGCAGCUCUGGAAGGCUACCGAAAAGAGCAAGAGCGCCUUGGAAUACCCUAUGACCCUGUACAGUGGUCAACAGACCAAGUGCUUCACUGGGUGGUAUGGGUGAUGAAGGAAUUUACCAUGACUGAUAUAGACAUCAAUAGUCUUAGCAUUCCGGGGCGAGAGUUAUGCAGCCUCAAUCAAGAAGACUUCUUUCAGAGAGUUCCUCGGGGAGAAAUCCUUUGGAGCCACUUAGAACUUCUCCGAAAAUAUGUAUUGGCUAGCCAAGAACAUUCUGGAGAAAUAGCAACUGUUACUAUUGAUCAGCCUGUGCAAAUUAUUCCAGCAUCUGUACAGCCUGCUACCCCAACCACCAUUAAAGUAAUAAACAGCAGUGCAAAGGCAGCUAAAGUACAGAGAGCUCCAAGAAUCUCAGGAGAAGACAGAAGUUCACCAGGAAACAGAACGGGAAACAAUGGCCAGAUCCAGUUAUGGCAGUUCUUGCUAGAACUUCUUACUGACAAAGAUGCUCGGGACUGUAUUUCUUGGGUUGGUGAUGAAGGAGAGUUUAAGCUGAAUCAACCCGAGCUAGUUGCACAGAAAUGGGGACAGCGUAAAAAUAAACCCACCAUGAACUAUGAGAAGCUUAGUCGUGCUCUGAGGUAUUAUUAUGAUGGGGACAUGAUCUGCAAAGUACAAGGCAAGAGAUUUGUGUACAAAUUUGUCUGUGACUUGAAAACUCUCAUUGGCUACAGUGCAGCAGAAUUGAAUCGUUUGGUCACAGAGUGUGAGCAGAAGAAGCUGGCGAAGAUGCAGCUCCACGGCAUUGCACAACCAGUCACAGCAGUGGCACUAGCUACAGCAUCCCUGCAAACAGAGAAAGAUAAUUAAGCACUAGGACCUGAAAGUAGGAGCCAGAGGCCUUUCCUAUAUACCCAGAGCAGUUACUGCUCUUAUCUUUAUCAGAAUUGGAAGCUUCUAUUAUUCUUUGGCAGUACAAUAUGAUGCAUGAUUUUCUACAAGGAACUAAGACUCCCAUAAAUUUGGAUCUUUUAAGCAGCAUAUAUUUCAGUAUGAGUUAGGGGAUCACCACAGCUUUUUCAACAUGAACACUGACCCACUGUGGCAUGUAGUCUGGAAUUGGUCAGAAAAGGUGGACUGUUCUCAAUGUUGUGUGUCCAGCCCUGCAAAAUAUUUGUUACUGUGUGAAGUAUAAACAGGAAACAGGCUGGUCAGUUACUUGAGUUCAACCAUUUUCACUAUUUUUAUUUGCCAUUGAUUACCAAAUGGAAUCUGAUGCGUUCAGAGGUAAAGCAUAGGUUGUCAAUAAACAUGCUCAUUGUUUUCUUCUAAUCAAGCAUAGCUGAAAGAAAAGACGUAUUAAAAAAUUACAAGGCAUCAAGUCUUUAAGAUAGUGUCUCUACUUAUAAGAAAAAGAAACUAAGAAUAGACUGAGCUGAAGAUCAGUGCUGAAGAAAGAGAUCCAGAUUUAAAUCUGGCUUAGGUCAAAAGCCAACUGUGAGUAUUUCAUUUAAAUAUGUAGAUAACAUGCAUAUGUAAGGAUAAGUACAAAACUGUUUUGAAAGACAUUGUCAUGCUAGAAACUUGGUAAAAAAAAAAAAAUCCAUGUUUUCUCUAGUCAGGUGGCGAUUAAAAACUUGAAAAGAUUUCCCCUCACCCAAAGAGUACCUUUUGGUUUUUAAUACUCUACAGAGUACUGAUUAGUCCAGGAUGCUCAUACUUGCACUGUAGCUGAUCUUGAUAAACUGAAGACUUAAUCGCAGUCAGCAGUCCAAUCUUGCUUAAAAACAAAAUGUGGGUUGCAAAUAAUUAUGCAAAGAACUAAAGCUUGACUUUGGAAAGUAUUGUAGUUUGCGAUAUUAAAAUAUGAAAAAUACUUCUUUUAAUGAGUUUAUUUACAAACAUCAGAUAAUGUUUUGCAGCCUCAAAAACAAAACUGCAUGUUCCUGAGUUCAAAGUGGGAUAAUUGUGUGGAUAAUUUUUUACAAAAAUAUAUAGUUGCAGUGUAUCCUGAAUCCCAAGACACUGCUUGUCGUACAUAGUGCUUCACAUACAUGGGAAGAACAAAAAUGUCUCUGCAGUUUGAGCUGCCUUUCUGCCUUGCUAGACUACUACCUUUGACAUCUGAAAAGUGUAUUUUUUCAGUUUUACCCACCUCCCCCUUUGUGUUACUAUACAUUUUUGCUGCUUUUUGCAAGCAAUGACUUAAAAAAAAUAGUGAGCCACUGGUAAACGCUUUUAUCUUCGCUUGACUCAUAGUUAAAAUAUAAUUGGAUAAGGACAAAAUCUUUAUUUCCAUUAUGAAAGGUCAAGUUGCCCUGAAAAAUUAAGUCAAGAACCUGACUCCAUUGACAGGUGCUGAAUCUAAAAGGUACUGAAACUGAAUGGGAGCAUGAGGCCAUUGUUCUUGAUAGGUGAAAAGAACAGUCUUACUUGCUUUCAAAGGAAAUAAAAUUGGAGAGGCUGAUAUAGCUUUAGGGUUUUAUUUCUCAAGAACCCUUCAUGAAAAGAAUAUGUAUUAUCUAGAUCAGUCAUCAUCUCAAUGCCCCUACUUGUGGGCCUAAGGAUCUCUUGCGUGGGUUUUUUGUCUACCUUUUAAAAUAUAACUACUACCUUCAUUGUAGCACUUGUGCCAAGCUCCUGUCAGGAUUCUUAAUCUAUGAAAAUGGUUUUUUUUUUUUAAUAUCUGAAGUGCUCCUUUGUCCAUCAACAGGAGAGCAUACUUCCUCCAAAAGAUACGUUAGCUGUGUAAGAAACUAUAAGCAAAUUCAGUUUUUAGUUACAGAUGCAAAUACAUCUGUCAAGUCAAAUACCUAUUUGUUAGCAUUGUUCUGGUAGAAGCUCAGUCCAUUUUCACUGUAGGUCAGAAAUUCUUAAUCUAUUCUGUAAAUAAGACAACUAUGGGACAGCUAACUUGCUUAUUAAUGGGGACAUUUAACCUGCAAGUUCUAUGGCUAAAACUUUUCUUUUGGGAUGUUUUUUUCUGGUCUAGUGCCCCACUGUUUGAAAGGGGGAGGUCACUAGGAAACAAGUCACAGCUGAAGUGACAAGAUGUUAAACAUACAGCAGUUUAUGAAUACCUUUCUAGAAGAAGUCUAGAAUACUGCCAAGGAGCAGAAAAAAAGAGGGCUUAAAAUGUUAACCAACCCAGUCAAAACAGGACUGCAGAAGAAAGAUUUAAUAUCCAAGUUAAAAAUUAAAAUGAGUGCUUUACACUUGAGUAUACACAAAAAAUAAGAAACCUAUUAGGAAGUAGUAAGACAUCAAAGCUUUCUUUGUAAAUACAUUUUAUUUUGACAUUCUUCAGUAGCUUUCAGUACUCUUUUGGGUGUAUUAAUUUUACUUCUUCAUAGGGUCAUCUGCUCUUCCACUUUGCUUCUGCCAUUAAAAAAGGACCAGGGGUGUAUUUCAAACAGCAUAACGACGCUGACAUUUUCUGUAGUUGAAGGAGAGAUCUGUGACUGACUUGAUGUCUUCAAUUAAUUAAAAGGUGUAGAAUAUAUUGUCAAGAGUUAUGUUCUGUUGCUGCCAGAAGAAAAACAUAGAAAGUAUAUUCCCAAUUUUUGUAAAACUGAAGGUUUUUGCAUACUUUUUACUCUUUAAAUAAAGACACUUAUACUCUGCUAAUAAUUAUGUAUUUCUUUUGUGGUUUUGAAUUUUUUUGGUAAUUUUACAUGAAACAAUUAUUUUCUAUUUUUACUCUAAAAUAUUUGUGCAUAAAAUGUCAAUAUAGUAAAAUAAAAAAAAAUAAAACUGUUACAGCUAA